GCUGUGUUUCAGUUGUCAUCUUCGGCCAUCGCGAAAUAGCCGCCCGCAUUCGAUGGAUUAGAAACAUUUGGAUAUUUGGUUCAUGUUCUUCACAGUUAAUUGGCUCAGGAAGUAAUCUAACUCCAGCGACCAAACCGUACAUGUUUUAAAAUGCAUCGUCCCCGGAAAUUCCUGAUGGCGGCGGUUGUGCUGCUGGCCACAAUGGUGCACUUUUCGGAGGCUGCCGAGAAAGCCUACGAAAAGUACUCGAAGAAAGCGAAUGUCCUGCCGGAUUCCGAGAUCUACGAGCCGGAUUUUCGUACAAUCCAGCGGCCCUUCCGAAUGGCCAAGCUCAAUAUGGUGUGGUCCAAGGCACAGCAUCGUCUGACCGAGCCGAAGCUAAAGUCACUGUACACGGAGCUAAAAAUUCAGGACAAGGAGGAAAUCGCUUGGAAGCAGCUUAACUCGCAGCACAAAGAUAAGGAAGGCCUGAAGGAGGCUGAUCUGCGCAAGAAGCUGAUCGGCAUCAUGAGCACAUACGAUCUGUUGGAACACUUUGACGAUACGCUGGACCCGGAAAAGGUCAAACACCACAAGGCAUACUCGGGCAAGGUGGACAGUGGCAGCUACAAGAAUAAGAGCCUGUUCAAAGACAAGAAACUCAACCGCUUGUGGGAAAAGGCUGAGUCGUCCGGCUUCACCAAGGAAGAAAUGGACGCCCUGAAGGAAGAGUUCGAACACCAUCAGGAGAAAAUCGACGUAUAUUACAACUUGUUGGAGCAGCUCGGCGAAGACGAUGGCAAGGGAGAGAAUGUGCACGAAAAUGCUGUCAACGAAGACGAGCACGACAAGUUCAAUGAAAUUGGGAAUGCAGAAGAUGAGGACGGGGAAGAGAGUAACGAUAUUCAGGCUCAGCAACGUGGCAUCAACAAGCAGAACGCUUACUUGCAUAAGUCGAAUCAGUUGCGGGAAAAGCAUCGUGACAUUCGAGACAAUUUCGAUCGACUGGAACGGAUUGCAGCUAAGGGACCGAACAGCCAGGACUUCGUGGAACCAAAAGUGCAGGGCUUGUGGCGGGUUGCUCUGGCGUCGAAUUUUUCCGCCGAUGAGCUGGCCUCGUUGAAGGUGGAGCUGCUGCACUACGAAAGCCGUUUGCUCAAGCUGCGGCACAUGCACGCGGAACACGCGUUGAGUUUGGAGAAGCACAAAAAUGCCAAACAUGGAGACAAGGCCGAUACGCACAAGGCGAUGGAGGAAAACAUCAAGAAGCAGACGCGUAAAGUCGAGAAGUACCAGGAGGAAAUCGAGAAGCGAAUCUUCAAACAUUCGGAGCUGUAGAGGAACGGUUGAAGUAGGUUAUUUUCUCUCUAAUAUAAGUAAAACAUAAGACUGGUGCCAAAAUUCUGUCCCGGAUAUCAGUAUAAGCCUACCUUUCUGUACUGUUGGAGUGAAAAAAGAGAUAAACAUGACUAACAAGAUUUUCCCAAAAUAGUAAGUUAAAGCAAUCAAGAAUAAUGUGUUUAUUAAUCUAUAUGUUUACGUGAAAAAUAAAUUUAUGUUUAUAUGUGUUUUCUAGAAGAGAA